UUUAAUUUGGAUUGAAGCAGAAGUGAUUUUUAGCUAAUUGUAAGUUGGAAAUUCGAAGAAAAAAAACAUCUCAAAUAUCCGGUUUCCUCUAGAAAUCUACUGGACACCGUUGUUAAAAGACUAGCGACAAAGUUUGGACCGCUUACUUGUGAAUUAAUUGAUUAAAUACAGUCUUAUCAGUGCAAAAGAAAAAAAUGUUCAACGGACUAUGGAAGAAUCCUCCCAUCGGGGAAAAAGACCUUCGACAAGCGCUUCAACGGUUUCUCGGAGGCGAAACUCCAGCGAACAAGGUGAUGGAGGUAAAAAAUGAUAACUACAUAAAUUUACACGUGAUGCACCGGGACGAUGCCAUGCGCCUGUACGCUCCGUCAACGGGUACCACCGAUAAAAAGCCAGUGUACGAGAUCGUACUUGAGCGGCCACAUUCGGAAACAGUUAACACAUCGUACAGCUUAUACCGAGCAUCAACUCAAGAGGAGGGAGAAGAAAAAUUCGAAGCCUUUCAUCAGAGACUACCCGAGUUGGUGAAAAUGGUUCGAGAGAUGUACAACAUUAACGGUCUCCAAAAGCUGUGCGACACGCUGGUCGAACAUCCUUCGUGGACGUUGGCCCACGUAAUAGCACACUUCAAUCUCACCGAUUACGUUUCGAAUCCUAAAAUUGUAGAAUCUCUCGAUGAUCCCGAUCAUGCCGAAUUGCUUACGCCGCUCCAGAUUGCUGCAAAAGCAAACAACCUUGAAAUGGUGAAAGCUCUUCUGCCGGUUAGCAAGAUCGAUAACUUAGAUAACAACAGCAAUUCGGUGUUCCAUUACGCAGCUAGCACUACAAAAGAAAUGAUCAAUUUGCUGGCAGCAAAAAGUACGGCCAAUCUAAAUCACUGCAACGCUGAUGGAUACACACCGCUUCAUCUGUCGUGUUUGGCCGACAAGCCGGACUGCGUGAAGGCUUUACUGCUGGCGGGUGCUGAUACAAACAAAAUGGCUCGCUGCGCCAGCAAUGCUUUUCCUCAGUCAACCACUACGAGCAAUGUUGCGGACUUCCUCGUUAGCAAUCCAAACAAGCUCCUUACGCAGGACAUGAAGCACGGUGGUACACCGCUACACUGGAGCUCUAGCCGAGAAGUUCUCAAUUCGUUGAUCGAACGGGGCUGUGACGUUAAUCUAGUUAACUUUAACGGGCAGACACCGUUACAUGUUAUGGUGACUCGUGAUCGGCUCGAAUGUGUGGUAGCUCUGUUGGCCCACGAGGCAGAAAUCGAUGUAGUGGACAGCAACGGCAACACGCCGCUUCACAUCGCAGUCGAAAAGAAGCUCCUUCCAAUCGUGCAGUGUUUGCUGGUAUUCGGAGCCGAUGUCAACAAACGCAACAAAGACGGUAAAACGCUUCGCCACAUGGUUGGCAAAGACGAUUCCGGUUCCAAGGAUGCUAUGAUCCUGUACAUUUUGCAUUCGGUUGGUGCCAAGAGAUGUUCCGAAUCGAACGGAACAAGAUGUCCUCCGGGUUGCGCGGCUAAAGGUACCUACAACGGCAUACCGCCAGCGCAACCAGAAACUUCGGAAUCGCGCGAACACAUCCAACAGAUGCUUGCGACCACCAGUAAAUCUGGACGGAACAGCAUCCACAGCAUUGUCUCGAACACAAUCAAAACUGUACGAGAGGAACGCGAACGAGAAAUUCGUGAAGAAGUGAAAACCGUUGACGUUUCACAGGAACGCAAAGGAGCCAGCAUGAUGGACGCGCUGCUCUCGAUGUUCACCAACACAGUUCAAGCUGCUUCCAAAGCAAAUUCUCCAGGUUCGUCCAAAUCAUCGCCAACGGAGAAAAAUGCCAUCGAUUUGGGCGACGAACCGAUGAUUGUUGAAGAUGUUUCGACGAAUAAUAAGUCGCCAUCCACAUCCGCCUCAGGCGAAUUCUACGGUCGUGGACGGCUCCUGUGUUUGGACGGUGGCGGCAUUCGCGGCUUGGUACUUGCCCAGAUGCUUCUGGAAAUUGAAAAACUCGCACAAACCCCAAUAGCGCAUUUAUUCGAUUGGAUCGCAGGAACAAGCACGGGUGGAAUUCUCGCGCUCGGUCUCGGCUGCGGAAAGACAAUGAAACAGUGUAUGUGCUUGUAUCUACGUAUGAAAGAUCAAGCGUUCGUGGGUUCGCGUCCGUAUCCAAGUGACCUGCUGGAAUCCGUUCUAAAAGAGCAACUCGGUGAGUUCACUGUUAUGACCGACAUUAAGCACCCGAAGCUGAUGGUUACGGGUGUUAUGGCCGACCGGAAACCAGUGGAUUUGCACCUGUUCCGCAAUUACAAAUGCGCCAGCGAUCUGCUGGGUAUAGCCACUCCGUCGAACAGCCGAAGACAACCACCACCACAGCCGGAAGAUCAAAUGGUAUGGAGGGCCGCGCGGGCCACCGGCGCUGCUCCGUCUUAUUUCCGAGCUUUUGGGCGCUUCCUGGAUGGGGGUCUGAUAGCGAACAAUCCGACGCUGGAUGCACUGACCGAAAUCCAUGAGUACAAUAUGGCUCUAAGAAGUAUCGGCCGAAAUGCGGAAGCGGUACCGGUUUCAAUCGUAGUUUCACUUGGCACCGGACUAAUCCCGGUAACUGAACUGAAAGAAAUUGACGUAUUCCGACCGGACAGCAUAUGGGACACGGCGAAACUUGCCUACGGUAUCUCUGCUAUUGGAAACCUACUGGUGGAUCAAGCAACCGCAUCGGAUGGUCGAGUGGUGGACCGGGCCCGUGCCUGGUGCAGUAUGAUCGGGGUGCCCUACUAUCGAUUCAACCCCCAAAUGUCGGUAGAUAUAGCGAUGGAUGAGAAAAUUGACGAACCGCUUAUCAACAUGCUAUGGGAGGUCAAGGCUUAUAUGCACGCGAACCGGAAAAAGGUAAUAGAGAUGAUCAAUCUUCUGAAAUAACCGUCUGCUAAACUGUAAAGUCGACGAUUAUAUUGGCGAUCACUUGAUUGAGAGGAAACGUAAGUUGAUAUUUCACACAGACAAUACCAUACAUUAUUUAAAAAAACAGGCAGUUGAAAAAUGGGAAGAUAAACCAAUCACACCAUAUUUCAUUAUACAUCAUUAUACAAGUGUGGGUCGAAUUUUGGUUCGAUUGCAAAUUUCUUAGCUUUUUUGACACAAACAACAAAGAAUUCCAGUUAUCAAUAGUAGUACAACGAUAGAGAUACUUGAACUAAGAGAGGAGAAAGUCAUGCGCCUCCGACUUUACAAUGCGCUCGUGUAUUGGAUGUAGUGAACGGAACAGUUAAUGUGUAUGUUUUCCAUCAAUGUUUUGUAAAUGAAUGCUGCGGAUUCCACUAAAUGAAAAGUUUUCUCUACUGUACAUGUGUUUAGAUAUCGAACCGGUGAUACCGCCAGUUAAGUUUCGCAACUUUAACUAGCCAAAAAACUAUACCUAGACAGGCGGGCGUGAUUGGAAAAUUUGUUUAUGCCAGGACGACGUCCACAUCCGCAUUCAAAUUUUGAUAUCGUAAAAGACGUAACUUGUACCACCAACAAUGUAAACAUCUGCAGGUUAAAAACUAUAACAAACUACCCCAAGAUUUCACGUUUUACUUAUCACAGAAAAAAAUCCUCCGUACACCCGGAUCGGUUUCCUACAGCAUGGUUCGUUUUUCCUUUUCACCCCUGCCUUCAUUUUGAACUGAGGCUUCGAUCGGUUAAUCAUUGAAAUAUGGAAUGAAUGUAGGUAGAAGUAAGCUUGAAGCUAUUCAAUAAAUAAGCCAAACCCCAUAUUUUUAUCGACGCCUGUGAGGUUGUUUUGCUGCGAUAAAUUAUAAUUUAUAUUCUUAUAUAAUCACGUACAUACAUUAUUUAUACUGUCUAAAAAAUUGCUUCCAAUUAUUUCUGCUUCACAAAAAUGAAUUUUCAUUUGCUGGAAAUUCUAAAAAGUUGUAUCAUAGCAUGCUUUGAAAGCCCAAUGGUUCGCUUGUGACACUCAAACAAAUGCUUUUAAAUUAAAACUGACUGUUGAGCAACAUGUUUUGUUUUUGGCUGUGCUCAGUUUAACACAGUUUUCGGACUUUAAAACAUGUCCAAGUUACGGAUCAGUUUAACUAAACUUCUUCCCAGUAGGUUAAAGCUCACGGUCAUGUUAAAUCAAGAAGUCGUCUCUACAGAACUCAACUCGGAUUUGAUCUUUUUGUCGCCAGGAGUCCAAACGUUUCAUUAUUCGACAGUUAUCUUAUGAUGUGUUUGGGCCAUUGCACUCUACUAACCAACGCCGGAUGCACAACCAACCAACGUACGCACAACGACCAUGGCUCUUGUCGUCACCAUUCUGUAUUCUCCAUCCGUACUGCACCGUAAAUAGACAGCAGCACCUUCUGUCCAUAGAAGUCUAAUCAGGGCAUCAAUAUGGAGAGGCACCUAACUCUUAGGAUAGAGCCGGGACCAUCCUGUUUCAAUGGAGCAGUCGUCUCAAUUCAACUCAAUCUUGGGCCAGUCGUCGCCGUUUUCUUAGGGAAGUCGCAAGUCGGUUUUGACCUGGUCGAACCAUGUUGCGCGUUGACCGCCUCUGUACCUGGUGUUGGUGGGAUUGUUGAAAAGAACCCUUCUUGUUGCACUGUCGUCCGGCAUCCUUGCGACUUGUCCGGCCUACCGCAGCCUAUCAUCUUUCGUCAGAUGUACGUUAGGAAUCUCCCCGCUUUCAGUUUUGUACUCCGCCAAAUUUCAUUCGCAGUACCUUCCGCUCGAACACGGCAAGCAGGAUCAGAGCUUCAAGUCCAUAAAGAACUACCGAUCUAAUAAGGGUUUUAUGCAUUGUCAGUUUUGUAUGGAUGAUCGUAGCUUUUUGCGAGAGGUAAAGUAGGCCCCAUUUCUCACUUGAAUGCGCCGCUGGACUACCGCUACUCGCAUAACAAUUCCAUUUGUAUAGGAAACCCCAUAUAAAAUGGAACUGUUAUGCAAGUAACGAGAGUGGGUCUCCUUAUCAGUGUUGUCCGUGGUCACCAGCGAUCCCAAAUACACGAACUCAUCUACCUCUUCUAGUACAUCACCGUUUACGGUUACUGUCCUUGGGAAGCCCUCGUUUGUCUCCUAGGAGCCUCUUCUUUUCCUUUGGUGAAAAUCGUGCCUCUUAUUUCAAUGCUCGGUUAUCGGGUCACCUCCUCAAGAGCGAGGUUAAACAAUAUGCAGAGUAAACCCCGGCAUUGUCUCAAUCUUCGCCGCAUCUCAAAGGGAUUUUCGAGAAUGUCUCCGAGAUGCGCACGAAACAUAUCACUCGAUCCAUUGUAGCUCUGAUCAGUCGUGUCGCUUUGUCCUUGAAAACUGCAUUUGUGCCUUAUCUGCCAUAGCUGAUCUCGAUCGAUUGUAUCGUAUGCCAGGGCUUCGACCGAUCCUUUUUUUCUACCGCAGUCACACCAACGCGCAUUCAAGUUCACACCGUCCGUUUAGAGGUGGAAUACGAACGCUAUGCAUAACACAACUGGCAGUUUGCUCAGUCAAACGCCGAAUGCACGCAACAGUAUGAAUGCGUUCUAAUGCUUUUUGACAUUUUCGUUUCGAUCAAGUUGCCUUUACCGUUUGGAGCAGCGAAUGACUGCAAAACAGUCAAAUGACUGGCAAUCACCACGCUAACGAAAAGCAACCG